CAGACACACCAACUUCAACUCAUUCAACCCCUCUUUUGAACACCAAAAACAGACAAAGAUACACACUUACGUAUCGAAAUGGGGUGCAGAAACAGAGAGCUCACAGAAGAUGGUGCCCUCUCUUCUUCUUCUUCUUCUUCUUCUUCAUUAAGUGAGGCCUUGCUGUUUGCGACCAUGUGCAUCAUUGGCCUCCCGGUCGAUGUUCACGUCAGGGACGGCUCUGUUUACUCCGGAAUCUUCCACACUGCUUCUGUCGAAAACGAAUACGGAAUUGUUUUGAAGAAAGCAAGGAUGACUAAAAAGGGAAAAUCUGAUGCGAAUGUGGCAAAUGGGGAAUUGAUAGAUACUCUUGUGAUUCGUUCGGGUGACCUUGUCCAAGUUGUUACAAAGGGAGUUUUACUUCCAGCUGAUGGUGUUGCUGGAAUGUCUGGUGACAGAACUGAAUCUGUUGUGGGUACUGUUUAUUCUGAUGAGUGUUCGAAGAAUGCUGUGAAGAAGUCAAUAGAGUCUAACAUUCAUAAGAAGAAAGGGGGAAGGGUGCUAAUACCAAAUGGUAAUGGCAGUGCAACACGCACAAGAGCUAGCAAGGAACAUGGAGGGAGGAAUAUGCCACCAAAUCAUAUUGAAAAUGUCUCAGACCUUGUAAAUAAGAGAAGCGAUGGGGCAAACUUAUCAGAGAUUAGAGAAUCCUCUGGUGCCAGCAUGAAUAGGAGACAGGUGGAUGAUGGUCCUCAAGGGAAGCAGGAUGAUUUGAACCAGAAAUUAGAUGUUCAUAGGAAAGAAAGUGAUACAAAGAUGGCAUCCAAGCUAGGUCCUUUCGGGGUAUCUUGUGAUCCUUCUAAUACAAAUAGUCAACGAGACACUCAGUGCUGUGAAAUGACAACUUCAGAAUACACUUCUCCCAGUGCAAAUGUUGUUUCUUCAGGUUCCUCAACUUUUUUGAAUCCAGCUAAUAAUUUCUCGAUUCGUAAUACAGAACCAACAUCAACUGAAAUGAUCCCUGACGGUUCAGAGUUAAAUAAAAGUGGCAAGGAAUUUAAGCUCAACCCAGGAGCAAAAGUAUUCUCGCCAUCUUAUACAAAGUCCAUAGCAGCCACCUCUCCUGCACUGCCAGCAGUGGCCAGCAUGGGUUUUAUACCAACCAACCGCCCUGUGGUACCUGGUCCUGCCAUCCAGCCAGAGGUUGGAUCAAAUCCUUUCCCAUCCCGUACAUCUGUGCCUGUUAAGGUUGCCCCAUACAAUAAUUUCACAACUGGGAAUGGUGGCGAUGCUUCUCAAUUCUCACAACCUAUUGUUGGACACAUUAGGGCGCAGACAGUUAGGUAUGCUGGUCAGUAUCCUGUUCAGGCUGGACCGACCUAUGUGCAUCCAAAUCCUCAAGCUGUUAUGGUAGGCCGAUUUGGACAGCUUGUGUAUGUGCAUCCUGUUUCUCAAGAUUUGGUUCAGGGUACACCGGCCAUCCCACCACUAUCUGCACGUCCUAUGUUGAGUCCUCAUCAAAUCCAGUUUCCAAAGCACCAAGGGACUGCAGGCCAAUCAUUGCAACUGUGUGUGCCUCCGCAGUUCAUGGCUACUGGACAGCAACCUUUUCCCAUUGCCAAGUCGCAUCCAAUCUUUGCAACCUCCCUUCCGUUCUAAUUGUUUCAACCGAGAUCCAGGUUCUAAUGAUGUCUUCCUCAAAGUUUGGCGAACAUGUUUUUUCAUUCAUGACCUCUACUGGCAUUUCCCUUUGAUUCCAUAUGUAUUCAUUCUAUUACUACAAAGUUUUGCCCUUGAGUUUUUUGCUGGACAAAAGUCCAUUCAGGUUGUUCCUCUAUACAUAGAAAGCUAGACUACUACACAAGGGCAUCUGUCGUCCAUUAGGGGAAUGGAGCUUUCACUCAAUAGUUUAUUGGAAAAAUGUGGGGAUAUUUUUUUUUUCUCAGGAAGGGAUUGAAUAAUUUUGAGAAGGGAAGCAGCAUGUAAAUUGUGUGAAAGAAGAGAUGGACUGGUCAUGUUGAUUCUAAA